AUGGAGCACGAAGAAGUCCAACUUGUCGAGGAAACAGACCUCCCCGAGGUCAAAGUUGAGCUGGACGAAAUCUCCUUCGACUAUUGUACCGUCUACUCCCCCGAAGUUCUCGAGAUGACGGACCCCUUAAGUGACGUCGCCAACGAGCCUCCCACCUCCACUCCGUCAACGUCAACGUCAACAUGGCUUAAAAUUACGGCGACACGAAGCAUCGCCCCCACCCACGAUCCCUCACAAACUUGCCACAUCUGCGGAAAGCAGUUCCGCCUCGUCGCCCACCUCAACAAACACCUCAAACGUCACGACGAAUCCAAGCGGCCUGUCUGUGACCAGUGCGGCGAGAAGUUUGUCGACACCAAGAGUUUGACCUCCCACCAGAUCAGGCAACACGGCGCUGAUCCCUUCAUUUGCGAGGAGUGUGGCGCACGCCUGGUGACUCUACCAGGCUUAAAGUCUCACAUGAUGUCACACGCAGGGGAUACGACUCAUCCUAAGCCGCACAAAUGUGACAUUUGUCCGGCCAGUUUUAGCAACAAACGAUCCAUGCAAGAUCACGCCAGGACCCACACUAACGAGCGCCCCUUCCCGUGCCCCCACUGCACCUACGCCUUCAAGCAGAGGAAGGAGUUGACCCGUCACAUCGACCGGAUCCACACGCCCGGCUACGUCGCCCCGAUCCGUUCCCCCUGCCCCCACUGCGAUAAGGGCUACACGACCAAUUCCUUCCUACAGGGCCACAUCCGGCAAGUUCACACGGGUGAGAGGCCCUUCCUCUGUGAGCAGGCCGGUUGUGGGAAAGGCUUUGCUAAAAAUUCGUUGCUUACCUCACAUUUGAAAAAGGCGCAUAAAAUUAUAAUCCAGCGGGUAGGCGGGUUCAAACUGCCAAGAUCUAGGAGGAUUGAGAUUCUGGCUAAAACGCAUUGA